AUGUUGGCCGCGCUAACAGUGUACCGGGCCCGUCUGCGCGAGUGGUUGCGGGAAGUGACGGUGUCCGGUAAUUACCGCGAGGCUACCGGUACCGCGACCACCGACACCGGUACGAUGGACCGCGAAAACGGCACGGCAGCAGCGCCGUCGCCGGUGGCCAAGCAAGUGCCGCCGCCGCAGUCGCCGCCUCCGUCGCGGUCCGUGUCCGAUGACCGGCCGCCGCAGCCGUUGUCCCGGCCACCCGUGGACCCGGUCGAGGAGGAGUACAUAGCCACCGUCUUGUCGUCCAUGCCGGAAGACAUGCCGCUACCGCCGCUGGCGUAUACCAGGCGCCGGUCAAGCAGCAAAACGCACACACGUCUGUACCGGAUUCGGUUACCGCCCAAACCCAGAAGGGCCAAAAGUUUUGAUGUGGAAAAUGGAGCUGGCACAAGUCCUGGUAGAUCACCACUGGACGGUGGAGGCACAUCUCCGUCAGCUGGUCUGGUGCUACAAAAUUUGCCACAGCGUCGGGAGUCGUUCCUGUACAGGUCCGACUCCGAUUUCGAAGUGUCCCCAAAGUCCAUGUCCAGGAACUCGUCCAUUGCCAGUGAAAGAUUGAAAGAGACUGAAGCCAUUUUGGAAAGAUCAACGUAUGUACAUACAUUAUAUACCUAA